AAACUCUUCGGACUGGUUUUUAAAAUAAAUAUUGGAAGAAAAUCCAUCCUCAGAGAGAAUCGGCAUAGGAGGAGAUGGAAGUUUUCCCCUUGCUCUUGGUUUUGUCCGUCUGGUGGUCUCGAACCUGGGACGCGGCGAAUGCGGAUUCGAUCAUUCACAUCGGAGCAAUUUUUGAUGAAUCUGCCAAAAAAGAUGAUGAGGUGUUUCGCACAGCAGUUGGCGACCUUAACCAGAAUGAGGAGAUCUUACAGACUGAGAAAAUCACAUUUUCAGUGACAUUUGUUGAUGGCAACAACCCUUUUCAAGCAGUUCAAGAAGCCUGUGAACUUAUGAAUCAAGGCAUCUUGGCUCUGGUCAGCUCCAUUGGCUGCACGUCAGCAGGAUCCCUCCAGUCUUUGGCAGAUGCCAUGCACAUCCCCCACCUCUUCAUUCAGCGCUCAACAGCUGGGACCCCAAGAAGUGGCUGUGGACUCACCCGGAGCAAUAGGAAUGAUGACUACACUCUCUCAGUUCGCCCACCUGUCUACUUGAACGAUGUUAUCUUAAGAGUGGUCACAGAGUAUGCCUGGCAGAAAUUCAUUAUAUUCUAUGAUAGUGAAUAUGAUAUCCGUGGAAUACAGGAAUUUUUGGACAAAGUAUCUCAGCAGGGGAUGGAUGUUGCACUUCAGAAGGUAGAAAACAAUAUCAAUAAAAUGAUCACCACUCUCUUCGAUACCAUGAGAAUAGAGGAAUUGAAUCGCUAUCGAGACACUCUUAGGCGAGCCAUCCUUGUUAUGAAUCCUGCCACGGCCAAAUCCUUCAUUACUGAGGUUGUGGAGACGAAUUUGGUUGCUUUUGACUGUCACUGGAUCAUUAUAAAUGAGGAAAUAAACGAUGUGGACGUACAAGAACUUGUAAGAAGGUCAAUUGGAAGGUUAACGAUCAUUCGGCAGACAUUUCCAGUCCCCCAGAAUAUAAGUCAGCGAUGUUUCCGUGGCAACCAUCGAAUAUCUUCAACACUGUGUGAUCCAAAGGAUCCAUUUGCUCAGAACAUGGAGAUUUCAAACCUUUACAUAUAUGACACAGUGCUUCUGCUUGCUAAUGCUUUUCAUAAGAAGCUGGAGGACCGAAAGUGGCACAGCAUGGCAAGUUUGUCAUGUAUCAGAAAGAACUCGAAGCCUUGGCAGGGAGGGCGUUCCAUGUUGGAGACCAUCAAGAAGGGUGGAGUUAGUGGGUUGACUGGAGAGCUAGAGUUUGGAGAAAAUGGAGGCAAUCCCAAUGUCCACUUCGAAAUUCUUGGAACCAACUAUGGAGAAGAGCUUGGCAGAGGUGUUCGCAAACUUGGGUGCUGGAAUCCUGUCACGGGUCUGAAUGGGUCACUGACAGAUAAGAAACUGGAGAAUAACAUGCGUGGCGUGGUUCUACGUGUGGUGACUGUUCUGGAAGAACCUUUUGUAAUGGUCUCUGAAAAUGUCUUGGGUAAGCCGAAGAAAUACCAGGGCUUCUCCAUUGAUGUUUUGGAUGCCUUAUCAAACUACCUGGGUUUUAACUAUGAAAUCUAUGUUGCACCGGAUCACAAAUAUGGAAGCCCACAAGAAGAUGGGACAUGGAAUGGCUUGGUAGGAGAACUAGUCUUUAAGAGAGCCGACAUAGGGAUUUCUGCAUUAACCAUCACUCCAGAUCGUGAGAAUGUGGUGGACUUUACGACACGUUACAUGGACUACUCAGUGGGGGUAUUACUUCGACGGGCUGAAAAGACAGUGGAUAUGUUUGCCUGUCUUGCACCGUUUGAUCUCUCCCUCUGGGCUUGCAUUGCUGGCACAGUCCUUCUGGUGGGUCUACUGGUCUACCUCUUGAACUGGCUUAACCCCCCACGGUUACAAAUGGGAUCAAUGACGUCUACUACUCUCUAUAACUCCAUGUGGUUUGUGUAUGGAUCUUUCGUACAGCAAGGUGGGGAGGUCCCAUACACAACGCUGGCUACUCGAAUGAUGAUGGGGGCUUGGUGGCUGUUUGCUUUGAUUGUCAUCUCAUCUUACACAGCCAACCUUGCUGCUUUCCUCACUAUUACCCGCAUUGAAAGCUCCAUCCAGUCUCUCCAGGACCUUUCCAAGCAAACAGACAUCCCUUAUGGCACAGUCCUGGACUCUGCAGUAAAAUAUGGAAAUUAUGCUUUUGUAUGGGAUGCAGCUGUAUUGGAAUAUGUGGCUAUCAAUGAUCCAGACUGUUCCUUUUAUACCAUUGGGAAUACCGUUGCUGAUCGGGGAUACGGAAUUGCAUUACAACAUGGCAGUCCUUACCGCGAUGUUUUUUCACAAAGGAUCCUGGAGCUUCAGCAGAAUGGUGACAUGGACAUCCUGAAGCACAAAUGGUGGCCUAAGAAUGGCCAGUGUGACCUGUACUCCUCAGUGGACACAAAGCAGAAAGGAGGCGCCCUGGACAUCAAGAGCUUUGCGGGGGUUUUUUGCAUCCUGGCUGCCGGCAUCGUCCUGUCCUGCUUCAUAGCCAUGCUGGAGACCUGGUGGAACAAGAGGAAAGGCUCCCGCGUCCCGUCGAAAGAGGAUGACAAGGAAAUUGACCUGGAGCACCUCCAUAGACGUGUAAAUAGCUUGUGCACAGAUGACGACAGCCCCCAUAAACAGUUUUCCACCUCGUCAAUUGAUUUGACCCCUCUGGACAUUGACACUUUGCCAACACGACAAGCACUGGAGCAAAUCAGUGAUUUCAGGAACACUCAUAUCACCACAACAACCUUUAUCCCAGAGCAGAUCCAGACUCUUAGCCGCACACUGUCAGCUAAAGCUGCCUCUGGUUUCACUUUUGGCAACGUGCCUGAGCACCGAACUGGCCCUUUUAGGCACAGGGCACCUAAUGGGGGCUUUUUCAGGAGUCCUAUAAAAACAAUGUCAUCUAUUCCUUAUCAACCAACUCCUAACUUGGGGCUCAAUCUGGGUAAUGAUCCAGACCGAGGCACCUCCAUAUGA